AUGAUGGCCCGCAUCAGAAAAUCCGGUGGCGAGUCGGCCGACUCCGUCUAUACCGUCGACUACAAGACGUUGACGUCGCCGCAUCUCAUCUUUACAGAGACAGCCACCGGUACACGCGUCGGCAGCGGCACGUUGCACCCCAUCUCCAUCAACGCCGACUACGAAGUGCGCGGACAAAAGGGCAAGCUCAAGGCCCUGCGGCGCAUGCACACGGAAUACACCCACCUCUCCCGGGCGUACUCGGAGACUGAGGGCCAUCUGGCGGCCAUGCAAUGGAGCAGCGAGGCCGACUUCAAGACGUGGGACUUUAUCUGCAAGGGCGCCGACGGCGUGCCGGUCGCGCGCUUCACGUCCAACUGCUGGGCGAGGAAGAAGGUCGGCGUCAUUGACUAUUACGGGGCCCGCGGGCUGUCCAAGGAGGCGCAAGAGGAGAUUCUCGUCACGGGCCUGACGCUGUACUCGUGCAUGAUUCUUCGCACGUCGAGCAUCUUGUCCUUCUUUGGCGGCAUCUUUUCGAAGCCUGGCCCGCUGCCCAACCCGGAGUCGAGCUCAAGUAAGGCUUAG